CACUUGCCCUUGCCCUGCCGUUUGCAAGAAACCUAGCAAGAUGGCCAAGGUCAAGAUGCACGAGCUCAGGACCAAGAGCAAGCAGGAGCUGAUCAGUCAGCUCAAGGACCUGAAGAGCGAGCUCAGCGCCCUGCGCGUUGCCAAGGUCACCGGCGGUGCCCCCAACAAGCUGUCGAAGAUUAAGGUGGUCCGCAAGUCUAUCGCUCGCGUGCUGACUGUGUACAAGCAGAGCCAGCGCACCGCUGUGCGGAACACCAUUAACGAGGAGAACGCGAAGAAGAAGGGCCGGAAGUUCCUGCCUCUGGACCUGCGCCCAAAGAAGACCCGUGCCAUCCGCCGGGCCUUGACAAAAGAGCAGGCGAACAAGAAGCUGGCGAAGGAGGAGAAGCGCGCUAAGGCGUUUCCCAAGCGCAAGUACGCUCUUAAGGCGUAAAGAGCCCACUGGCAACGCGGGCUGUGGUGUGCUUGUAAUGCGUGUGCAGUGUCUCAC